ACGCGACCAGAGCUUCCUCUCGGCGUGCGGGUGCCCGCCGCCGGAGAAGAACGACAGAAAAUGGCGAGUCAGUGUAAAAGGCAGCAAUGCUCCAUCGACAGGCGCGGCUUUCGGCAAGAACUUGACUCAUGGCGACACAAACUCAUCCACUGUGUAGGUUUUGAGAGCAUUCUUGAAGGUCUGUUUGGCACAGAGCUGGUAGAAGACCUACAAUUAUUUAAGGAUUUAGAGCCUGUAGCAGUGUCUGAUUGGUCUUUUGAUGAAAAUUGUUUGUUCUGCUGUUUUAGAAGAGAUAAAGUUAAGGAACACUUGAUUGGCUUAAGUAGCGACGAGAGUCGACAAGAUCCACUCAAACCUAUAGUGGUGAAAGAUUGGACCACCAUCAGCAAAUUAGAGAGGCAAGCAGAGGAAUUUCUCAAUGCAGUCCUCUGUAAUAAAGAUGUGCCAAGUUUCUCUGACCCACACAUCCCAGUAGUGGCGCGAGAGAUCCUCCAGAAAAUGAUCCGACAGUUUGCCGCCGAAUAUACCUCAAAAACCAGCUCUCCUCAGGAUAGUGGCUCAGCCCCUCAGCCAAGCUCUGACCAAAGCCCGCAGACCCAAGCUGUGACUUCUGGGACUCCACCUAGCAGGGCGGGGCCUGCACACAGCCACAACCCCGUCCUCAGCCAGCUCCUCAUGGCCGACCAAGAGGCCCCACUUGACCUCACCAUCAAAAAGACCCCGUCUGAGCCCAGUGAACAAGAGGGAGUCCUUGACCUGUCCAUCAAAAAGAGCUGCCAUAGCAGCAACAGCUUGCCAGUCUCCAGUCCGCACCUUUCUCCUAAGGUGUCCACGAUCAAAGGUGAGUGUCAAGACAUCCACAUUGCAAAGGCAAAAGAAAUCCAGUCCACCUCAACACUGGAACAGUUCAUGGCCAAACUCUGCCGCCACCAUCAGAGAACGAUUGUCGACGCUAUAGGUUUCCUGCAGACGGAUGUUGCAGCCUCUAAGACGCAGCAAACUAGUGACUCUGGAGUCCAGGGAUCAACAUGCUGCACUCCAAAAUCUGAUACAGUCACGCCUGAGAAGUCGUGUUUGGAGCUAGAGUUUCCUAGCGAAUCCAGGCCAAAAUUUCAGGUCUUGGAUAUGUCUUGUUCUAUCCAAAGCAAUAGGGUCACGAAAAGAUUUCUAGAGAGUGUAGUUCCAUUGACAUCUGUUGUUGCCAGCCCCGUGUUGGAUCUUCAUACCCCUAGGUCAGUGAGCAACAAGGCUCCUAUCCCCGUAGACACUGAGAACAACCGUCAUGGUGAUCAUGCACCUCUUAAGAUGAAAAUCAUGAAAAGCAGUAAUGUUGCUGCUGGUAAAAAGUUAUCUUGUGUGCUAACGACCUCGCUUACAUCUGACUCCGACUCUUUGGAGGACAAACAAAGUAACUCAAAUUCACUGAACAGAACAGACAGUCCUAGCGCUAGACUCAGCUCAUCGCUAAACAGACAACAUCAGAUAAGUCAGGUUCAUCAUGCAAUGCAGAGGGGAGCUGUGUGGCAAGCCAAGGGUGUACCAACUAAACAGUUUUCAGUUCCUGUGGCUUUUACCACAGAGUCACCACGAACUGCCAGGAAGACCAUCCGGCCAUCCACUCUUCAACACACUAGACCCGCCCCUUACAGGACGGUUGAUCCUGAUCUUGGCCACUGUGACAUUGUUUACAUUGACAAGCCAAUUACAGAGUGUUAUAAAGAGCAACGUAAUUUGAUUCCCCGUCGCAAUGCUAGAAAAAGCACUAGAGGACAUUUGUAUUCAGAUGAAAUUUGGGAGUUAAAAACUGUCCGCACAUUGGCAGGCAGGGGUAACUGUCUUAAUCCGAUGCCAGAAUUGAUUACACUCGUUACCCCCAAACAAAUCCUUUCCAAGCCUGAAGGUGUACCCCCGGUAGAUAUGCCUUUUGCUGGCGCGUGUAGAGAGACUAUAAGUGAGGGGAUACCCUCAGAAAAGUCAGAUGAGAGGAUGGUACCAGAGACAGGAGAGAUGGUCGAAGUGGCAGCCAAUGAAGUACAAACGUUAGUUGUAGUAGAAACUAGUCAGACAGAUCAGGUUCAGAGCAAGUUAGAGACCCCCUUACCCAUCAUGAACUCUGUAACAGAAAACACAGUAACAGAUCACACAACAAAUAACACGAAUGACGAACCACUCCAGUUAGACCAGGAUGAACCUUCUGAUGUCAAGAAAGUGAGUGCAAGUGAGGAAAGUGUAGCACAUGCUUCAUUUGAAGUGGAAAAGGAGAACGAGCCUGCACCUGAAACUGAAAAGAAUGAAUCUACUGGUCAAGUAAUGUCAGAAACAGCUGUAGAAAAAUCUGAGAAAAUCAGCACACAAAAAGCUGAAUCUCAAAUUUCAUCAGAUAAAAUACAGAGCAGUGAGGUGGUGCCCCUCAAUGCUAGCACACCAUCAUCCAUAAAUCAUGCAGAGAACCAAGAGACUGAAAAGGAUAUGGGCGAUGAGAGACCCCAGGAACCACAGCAAGGGAUAGUCUCUGAAGAGACUGGAAAGUCCAAGAACUCUGGUUCAACGGAGGACCCAGUAUUGAGUGAGCUAGAAGGUCCAACAGCUGUCGUUGAAAGUGUUGUGCCUGUAGCGACAUUAGAAGAACAAGAUGAUACAUACGAUAUUUCUUUGAAGACACUUGAUACUCUCUUAAAGGAAUUACCUCCUUGGCGUAGAAAAAAAGGCAGCGUUAUCUCACUGCCAAAGAGGUUACAACAAGCAAAGACUAUAAUCGUGGGCUACGUUAAUGGGAGACCUGUAUCAGCCUCUGACAGAAGUCUGCGUCGUAGAGUAAAUGCCAGUAGCACCUCACCAACGAAAAGCUCGGUGAAACAAAGUCAGAAAAUACAGAACCAAGUUGAGUUUGACUCAACUGAAACCAAGAACUUGGUGAAAAAUACCACUGAAACAGAGAUUCCUGCAGAAUCAAUUGCGAAUACAUCUGAUUGCCCACUAGUUUCAUCUUCGGACAUACCAGAAAGCCCAAAAGUUGAAGUCUCACCCAAAUCUAAACCAAUCCAGAAACACAAGCUUGGUCAGCAAGAUGAACCAACUGAGAACAAACGACAGCUAAGAUCAGCUGUCCAGAAAGGAGAUGAAACCCUUCCAUUAGUACCUUCAACUGUAGUCCCAUCCAUUUCACCUCCAAAACCUAGUACUACCCCUGCUCCUCCAGAACUGCCUCCUUUGUGUCUUCCUCCUUUAGCAGAGUCGUCUCAACCUGCAAUCCCUGAACCACCUCAAAUGAACUCUGUCCAAAAGGCACCGGUGGAGUUAAACAUUGAACAAACUCAAACAAUAGAAGAAACUCCAAGUUUGCCAGUCAGACAAAAGUUAAGAUCUUCAAAUGUGGGAGGAAAGGAAAGUAAAAAUGAGAACCAGCAGCUUUGUGUAGAGUUAACCAGUCCAAUGGAGGAUAAGGCUUCUCCUAAGACUGAAACACCAGCACAUGAAACAAGAGGAAAACGUGUUCUUAGACUGGAGCCUAUGACACAGAAAGCAAAUGCAUUAUUUUCAGAUGAGAAUUUUGGAAGUUCCCAUCUUAACAGCGCUUGUGGAGUAGACAACCUCACAAGAAUGCCAUUGAGGAGUGAGAGUAGCAAGGCUGAACAGUGCCCUCAACCUGCCCCUCAAUGCCCACCAGACAAGAAGCUUUCUUUGCGAUCCCAAAGGUUGUCUUCACCCUCCACCAGUGCGCUCUCCGUAUCCGGAAAGAACACUGAAGUGGCAUUACUGCCCAGAACACCUCCUGAGAAAAUAAUGAAAACUCAAAUGAAAGUCACUACAUUACCUACUGCAUUAUCAGCCUCCCCUGUUAUGGGACCAAGACACCAGCCACGCAAACAGACCAACAAGUUCUUAGAGGCACUGACUAGAGGGGAAAAUCAACAGCUGCUUACCAACUUGAACCUCAAAUAUGAUAAGAUGCAGAAAGGCUGGCUGCAAAUGGACAGAGACGGCCAGACAGCAGCUAAAUAUAAAAACAAAGCUGACAGACAAGCUGCCAUAUGGAAAAGUAAACGUAGGGCUCGCAAGCAAAAGUCUUUGGAGCACCAGAAGUGCUCACCGGUGCAAAUGCUCUUCAUGAAGGACUUUAAUCUUUCCAGUAUUUGUCGCUGGUUCCUGGAGUCAACCGAAACAAAAUCUCUCAUCAUUGUUAAGAAAGUAAACACACGUCUUCCAUCUGAAACUCAGCUGUGCUUCCACAGCUCGUCCAGUGGGUCAGGAGCAUCUCAGGGUGUUUUUCCAAGCUUACAGGCAGAGCGCUUAAAGAAACAUCUUAAAAAGUUUGCCAUCACCUCUCCUGUGAAGAGCAACCCCAAAAGUCAGAAGCUGAUAGCUAAAGCCCUGGAGCAGGAGAUGACCUCAGUCAAGGGCAAAGAGAGGCGAGAACCUCCCAGUGCUGCUCACAUGUUCAAUCAGUCGGACGUCUGUGUUGAUGCUCGGGGACACUGUGAACCCCAGAAAGCACCCGGGAAGGCUAAGAAUCCGGCGAGUGCCAGGAUUUUGAGGAAAUACUCCAACAUUAGAGAGAAGAUGCAGGUUCAGCAAACCAAUGUUCGACUAAAAAGCAUCUCCAAAAGCUUAAAGGCCAACAGUUUGAAAAGAUUUCCCACAGAAUCUGUUUCUCAGUCAGCCUUCAAGCCUCCUGUGAAGGCACCAAAAAUACCCCGACCUGUUCCUAAGCCCACAAAAGCGUCAAAUAUGGGAAGAAGGAAAACAUUUGCAAGAAAGAGGGUGAUGAAACAUCGAGCUACCAAAGCUCAGAAUGUCAGUCGGGUAACGAGGUGUUCGCAGCGACUGAGUUCUGUGGUCAUCUUGUCAAAAAGCAAAGCGGACAAAAAAACAUCGGAAGUUGAAAAGGAUGGGGAAAAAGUCGCCAAGAGCAAAGUGAAUGCUGGGAAAUGUCAAACAAAUGUCUCACCAGAUAGGAGGGAAAUCAAAGAGGCCCCUGAGGCCGCCCUGCAAAGUGUGGACGUGAAGCCUCUGAGCGUUCCUGACCAGGUGUUGACAAGAUCCCAGAGCAAAAUAGAAGCGGUGGCAAAGAGGCGCAAGCUAGCCAAGGAAAAAGCAGCUCUCAAGUCUGCCAGGAAGGUUGAGAACAUGAGCAAAAAAGGUGCUGUGAAGAGAAAUUGCUCCGCCAUGUUGUCACGUACCAGAUCUCAGGAGCUCCUGGCGACUCCUGCUAAGCGCACCAGAACGUCGAGGUGAAAAUGACUUGUUUCUUCUUUUAUCUGGAACAUGUGAAAAAUAAGACCUCACCAAAGACGGUAUGCAAAUGCCUUUGGUAAAGCUUUGACGGGACAAAAUGCAAAUGCAAUGGUUUGCUGGGCGUCGGCUCGGCGCUUCAGGGACUGCACAUGGACCACAGCGGCUUUUUUUUUUUUUUGGAGACUUCUGACAUGACCGAACAAGACAAAAACCUCAUUUCCUUUUUUGGGCUCUGUGGCAACCAGGUGACACUAAACCUCUUUCCAUCCAUUUUCUUUCCCCAUCCAAUAGCAACGUGCAUCCUGCGGCCCGCGUUCUAAUCACAGCCGAUGGCCAUGUGACUAUCGUGACCAGGUGCCUUAUUUAUGAAGUUAAAGAAUGUUUCCUCCUUGUUCAUAGUUCGAAAACAAGUGUAUGCAAAUAAUCUCGUGUUAACUUGGCUGACAGAUGUAUUUUUCUAUGCCCACUUCCACAGCAUUAACUUUAUUGUAGUUGCAUUAAGAUUAAGUACUUUGUAUUUGAUUUGUUCUUGGACCUUGAUUUAUGUUGAGAUCCAUUCAAGUACACGACAAACAAGCCUGCCAGGAAAUUGCUGAACCACCAGGGGUGUUUUUAUUUCAGGAAGCCUGAGGAGCAUUAAAAGGACAUUCCAGGCUGGUGAAUACAUAUUUAACACUUUAACACUGUAAAUGAAGACCUUGUCCCCCCCCCCCCCUUUUUAUUAUUAUUGUUAUUUAAGUGCUGUGCGUCACCUCCUUAAUGUAGCCCAUCUGAAACAGUCCACCAAAUAUUCAAACUUGAAUGUGUUUAAUUCACUUGCUAUUUAAAUAUUUUGGGUUUUGUAUAUUAGACAGAGAGAAGUGCUUUAUUUGUGGUAAUCUCAAGAAUGAACGGGUUUAUGUUAACAUGGUUGUAUUUUUGCUGGAGUUGACAUAAAGAUGGCUGAAUUUG